UUUGCAUAAUACAUCUUUAUUGAGAUUUCAAUAAAUAUCAAAACCCCUUUUUUCUUUUUUUAACUGUUAAAAAUGUUCUUUGGCAAAAAAAAAAAGCCUUUUCCUCCUGACAUGUCUCUUUGCCUGUGCAUCAGUUUUCAAUGGGCAUUCCCGGCCAAGUGGGGAACGUGAGAGAAGCCUGAGGGUCAGGGGGAAAGACGGAGCCCAAGGAAGGGAGAGAGGUCCAGAAACAAGCAGGGCUUCAAGCACACACAAUCUCCGACCCAGCAAACCUGCACUGGAACACAAACAGCAGCCACAUAAAAUGAGCCGACCCCAGCGAGCCGCUUCAGCUAACAGUCGGAAGGCAAGGAAGGAAGAUUUGCUACCGCUUCCCCUGACCAAAUCUGUGAAAUACCCCAAGGGCCAUGUGACCUACACCAAAGCCAGACUGUUGAAAGAGGCAAAGCUAGAGCUAAGUGCCCAGAGGCGGCACUUGAGCUCACAACACACCAACACACACCUUCAGCACAAUAACUCAGGAAAAGCCCAAGCUGGUCGCAGCAGGACACAAAAACAGUUGCCACCGUCAUCCACAGUCAGACGCAGUGGACUGCGACAAUCGAAGAGGCAGCUGGAGAUGGCGGUGGUUAAACCGAACCAAGCAGGGACAGAAGUGGAGGUCAAAAGGGUCAAGGUGCAGGUCAUUCCUCUGGAUACACGGAGCAGGAGAGCAGCCCAGAAGACCUUGCAUACAGGAACAAUGCAACUGCGAGUGACGGGAUCCCAGAGACCCAAAAGAGCCGCUGCUGGGAAGUUACCGCUUGUCAAACGGACGCAGUGUAAAGCCACAUCUCGGGGCAAAAACAGCUCCGCUACCUCAGUUCAUAAUCACCACAGGGACGUCAUGAAACCAGCCACAAUUGCCAAACCAGCCAAGCCUCUGAGACCCAGCGAGCCUAUCAAAACAAACAAUCCUACUGACCCUGGUGAUUCACUUAACAUAGCCAAAUCUCUUAAACCAGCAGAGCCCAAAGUUGCUCAGGUCAAAGAGCGGGGCAAGUGUAUCAACAUAGCGGAGAUGGCCGAGGUUCCAGUGUUCCGUCCAAGCCCACGAGAAUUCCACGACCCUCUGGCGUAUGUGGAACUGGUACGUGAACAGGCCGGGCCCGUCGGACUCUUCCGGGUGGUUCCACCAACCGGGUGGCAGCCCGAGUGCAAGCUGAAAGAGGAGAUGCGUUUUGUGUCACACGUGCAACAUGUACACAAGCUGGGCCGACGCUGGGGCCCUAACGUGCAGCGGCUUGCCUGCAUCAAGAAACACCUGCGUGCUCAAGGCAUCAACAUAGAGAAGCCUCCAUUAAUUGGUGGUUGUGAAUUGGACUUAGCCCGGUUCUUUCAGCUCCUGAAUGACAUGGGUGGGAUGCAGCAGGUGACAGACCUGAAGACGUGGGGCCGUCUGGCCGACCUGCUGGGCAUCCCACGCGCUGCACAGGACCGGCUCGCCAAGCUGCAGGAAGCCUACUGCCAAUACCUGCUUUCUUAUGACUCAUUGUCUCUAGCACAGCGGGCUCAGCUGGAGAAGGAUGUGAUGUCUGAGAAAGAAAGCCUGGAGAGGAGAAACGGGCCCUUGGAGGGACAAGCAGACGUAAUGCAACAUGCUGCACUACUCCUACCACGCUGCGAACCCAAGAACGGCCUGGUGAAUGGCGCUCUCCACCGGAGUGGGGUGCGAGAACGCCUCCGAGAGCUCGACCCAAUGGGCCGGAAUGGUCGCCAGGGACGACUGGAGCGAAAAGAGGAAGGGGGCAUACUGACUGAAAUGCACAAAUGCAUAUACAAGGGAAAAUCGUUUUCUCUCACAAGUUUCUACCGGGCAGCCAGGAAUACCAUGAAUAUGUGCUUCAGCCAGGACCCAGACACAUCUGAAGUAGAGCAAGAGUACUGGAGACUUGUAGAAGAGAAAGAAUGCCAUGUUGCAGUGCACUGUGGGCGAGUGGAUACAAAGACUCAUGGGAGUGGAUUUCCUGUGAGCAAAUCUGAGCCAUUUUCAAAGCAUGGAUGGAAUCUUACUGUGCUUUCCAAUAACUCAGGAUCCAUCUUGCGUCACCUUGGUGCUGUGCCAGGAGUGACGAUCCCCUGGCUGAAUAUAGGCAUGGUGUUUUCUACCUCAUGUUGGUCCAGGGACCAAUACAGCCUUCCAUACAUAGAUUAUCUACACACUGGUGCUGAUUGCAUUUGGUACUGUAUUCCUGCCGAUGAGAUGUCAAAACUUGACAAAGUAGUUCACACACUGCUGCAGGCCAACGGAACCCCCGGGCUCGAGAUGCUGGAGAAGAACAUUAUGAUCUCUCCAGAGGUGCUACGUCGAGAAGGGGUGAAGGUGCACCGGACGGUGCAGCAGAGCGGCCAGUUCGUGGUGUGUUUUCCUGGGACCUUCGUGUCCAAGGUGUGUUGUGGCUAUAGUGUGUCUGAGACAGUGCAUUUUGCCACAGCUGAGUGGAUGAAGUUGGGCUAUGAGGCAGCGAAGGACUUGAAGAGAAGGAGUAUAGAGGAACCGUUUUCCACAGAGAAACUGCUCUGCCAGAUCGUCAUGUCUGAACCCAGACAGGAGAACAAACAUCUUCUAAAUGCAGCUUCCUCGCUCGUAGUAGAUCUCAGGGACACAGAGAUUAGCCAGCGGCGGCAGCUUUUUAAUGCCGGUCUCAGGCUGUCUGCCCGUUAUGGAAACCAGCCUGAUGGCCAAUUUCCCACAGAGAGGAAGAAAAUUCACCGCACCAGGCUGAGCGAGGACACGGCCGACCGCCGCUGCCAGGUGUGCCAGCACCUCUGCUACCUCUCCAUGGUGGUUCAUGAAAGUGAUAAUGUAGUGUUCUGUCUGGAGUGUGCUCUUCGCUACAUUCAGAAGCGCAGGUCCCCUCGAGGUUUAAAAAUGAUGUUUCGUUUCACUGAGGAGCAACUCAGCGGUUUGGUAAAUCAGGUGUGCGGGAAGACGUCUGAAAGGGCUACGGAGAAGCGAAAAGUGGCUAAUCCCAGUGCGCCACCGGCAAAACGGAGUCCUCGAAACAAGAGCCCAAACCAGGCCCCGCUCUCUCGCUCCACCUCGAAAAAUACCAAACUGACCUGACCAAGCUAUCCAACCAUUCCCUCGUCCCUGACGUCACAAUCCGUGCUGGCUCUCCAGUUCACUCCGGUUCCAUUUCACUUGCCAUGUCCCUACUGCGCUCCUUCCAUCGCGCUGGAAACAUUCGGAAAACACCGUUUUUUUUUUGUUUUGUUUUGUUUUUUAUGUAACAGUGUUUUUGGGGCACUUUUGUACCAGGAAUGCAUAGUCCCCAACAGGAGGCAUUAAGAAGAAUUGAAUGUAUGGGAGGUGGACACACACACACACACACUAAGAACUAAGUAGUAAGUAGUAAGGAACACCUGACAUCUGAGUGACACUAAGGAGCCUGAUCUUACACACACAAAUCUUUUUGCACUAGUACUGAGAUUGCGUUUUUUGUUUUUUUUCCUUUUGUUGUUUUUUUUUUUUUUUUUAAGAGAUUUUUAAGUUGUUUUAGCGUUCAAUUGAAAUAUAAAUAUACAUAAAUAUGAAUAUAUCCUAUACUGUACCAUUUGUGUUGAACUGGUGCUGUAGUGUCAAAUCUUCCAUAAAGCCUUUGCAGGCUGUUUCUCUUGCGCUCACCCAUGUGGAUAGUUUUAUUUAAGGUAUGAGACAUCUAUGAUCAAGCCCCCUUUAAUGUCAGAUACAAUAAACAAUAGUUAUUAGUAGCCUGAAAUACUGAUGUAUAUAUAUUAUAUAUAAAAUAUAAACACCCCUCCCACCCCCUCUCCCUUCCCUGUGGUAUAUGAAGGCGUGUGAUUCUGAUCUUGUUGGUGAAUUUUCUUUUCUAAUGCACAUUUUCUGCCGGGCAACUCGAAGGCCUUGCUAAUGUAUUCAGACUCAUUUUUCAAAGCACAUUUCGGGGCCUUUCUUUUUUUCAAAAACGAAAUUCAAUCUGAUGUAAGCUACUCUGAUUAUAGCUAUAUUAAAGGUGAUGCCCGGAACAGUUUGUACCUAUAUUUUAAGCAAUUAGAGCUUUUGAGAAUAGAUAAGAAGCACUUUCCCUUUUUACCAAUAAGACUUGUUCCUCUGGUUCAGCCUUUGUGAUUGGUGAUAAAGUGUCCUCCCCCUGUUACAAUGUAGAAUACUCCCUCCUUUACAAAGAAUAUGAUUUUGUUUAUAUAGAAUGAAUAUUAUAACAUUAGAGUCUAAUACAAAUGUCUCCAAAAGUUUAUAUACCAAUCAAUCGAGUCACCUAAAACAAAGCCUUUCGAGAGAAAGGUGUAUACGAGUUCGGAUGAAACCAAGAUGAAGAAAAAGCCUUAUUCUCUUGUCGCUUUCUUCGUCUCGAUGAAUUUAGAUGUUCACAGGGUUGCUGUUGUAACAUAUGAGAAAAGUGCUGCUUAAUCACUGAAUAAGUAUGUAAUAGUGGUGAGCCCUAGUUUUUUAGCUUUACUUUUUUAUUCAAAGGGAAGAAAAAAAAACUCUUUUACCUUGUAGUAGCUUACCAUAAUGCACUGACUGUAAUGAAGUCCCGUAGUCCUGCCUAGUUGUCCACCCCUCUUCCAAAAGGUGUUUGAGCAUAGUAUAACUGAACAGUGUUUCCAAACAAAUGUGGUUGUAAAGUUUUUUAUGGCCUUAAAAUGUUUUCUUCCCCCCUGAUUCACCAUUCCCUGUUUACUACCGUACAAUUCUCGCUCUGCUUACUUUUUAUUUAUAAGCGUUGGUUCUUGGUCUUCAAUCUUCUAGUGUUGUUUUGGUUACUGGCCUUUUUUUUUUACUUUUCAGGUUUGUAUAAUUUUGUUGUAAUAAAUCAAUCACUGUCAAUCCUUCGAAACUGG